UUUUAAAUUUGUUUCCUUUUUUCCACCACCAUGUCUUUUCUUUGGUCCGUCGGCGUCCUCCUGGCGGUGUGUUCUCCCGCAUUCGGUUUGCACCAUCGAGAUUCCGUCCACAAGUCAGCCCCGCUCGCCGCCAACAACAGUUCCAAUGAAGAUGGAUUCUACGUCGUGAGGCCCGAGCAGCUGAUUCAGCACCAUGCAUGCAGAUGCAUCGCAUUCUUCGUGUAUUACAUUUUUUGCAGAUUCGGGUUGUGUCUGACCAUCAUCUGGGCAGCCCCCGGUGCAGCAGAGAGCCUGGCUUAAUCUGCACUGGCAGCAAUGCCUGAGUGUUGUGUCCCUCGGUUGUUCCCCUCAGGACGAUGAAGGCCGAGACUUUGAGGGCCAUCCAGAAGUUCUUUGAGUUCCACAAGGACCCGCAAUACAUCGAGGAUGAGAAGAUCAAACACAUCGUGUUCCUUGGCGAUGUCUUCGAGGCCUGGUUGACGCCGCUGCACGAGAAGUGCCCCACCAUCAAGGGACUUCUCACGAGUGGGAGUGAACGAUUUCGCAUCUCCUUCCCCGGUAGACACAUCAUCAAGCCAUGCGCACGCUUGUUUGCAGUGGCUCUGUGUGUGUGUGUGUGUGUGUGUGAAGACAUCAUUGACUCCAUUAAGGCCAUAGCUGACGAGUGCGGCGCCACAGUGUGGAUCAUGCGAGGUGCGGACACGCAGAAUACACCGCAAGAAGAGAAAAGCCGACAUGUUUACUCUCUGGUUGCCAUUACCUGUCUCCCUCAGGCAACCACGACGACCGGCUGUCCAGGGAGCUGGUUGCCGAGCUCUUCGGCGACUCUGUCAACUACGCCGAAGAUGUGCUCGUCUUCCCCUCUGUAAGGCACAUAGGACCCACCGGCAAAGAGGAAAGCGCGAACGUUCAUGUGCGUUUAUUGAUCAGCCGGACAAGCCCCUCGUCAAGAUGCAGGUAGGUAGAUAGAGGCACAGGUGUCAUGCAUGACAUACACAUACCCGACAUCAAUCCCGCUUCCUGCCCUGCAGCACGGCCACUUGAACGACUUGUUCAACCGACCGGUAUGGACGGUCACACGAGACACACGCUGCAUAUGUGUCCGCCUUGUCUCGAUGUCUCUUCCCAUCCGCAGGAUCCCUACGGCCGCCCGAGUACGUGUCGCGCUGCCAGGCCGACUCAUAUUACCGGAAGAUGCCCUUCGACGAAAAUGCUUCAUCGACCAAGGAAGAGGUGAAAAGUGACAGGAGGCGUCGAGGCCCAUGCACAUAUGUGUUUGUGUCUCUCUGCUGUAUCUGACGCGUACGCCUUUGACAGGGCUUUCACCGGUGGUUCGGUCAGCUCCCUGAGUCGGUGAACGACUGGAUCAAGCAGAACACCUGGCUCAACCAGACAUCAGACCCAUUCGCCUUACCGGUCAGUAAUGCAAACUGGUCACAGCCAAUUAUAAACCAAGCCACACAUCGCCACUCAUGCGCACGGGUUUGUCCUCUGUCUCGUCACGAUUCACCGACCAAUCGUUCAAUCAGGUGUACAGCGAGACGCUUCGCGGCUCUUUAAAGCUCCUCAGGCGCGGGUUCAUCGGCAGAUGGCUAUCGGGGAAGUACAUUCGGAGCAUGUAAGGAAGAAAAGACGUCGCAAGCCGAGAAAGAAAUCGUACCGCAGAGUUCGCGAGCCCUCGCAUGAAAGGUGUGUAUUUCUCGACUGUAUGCCUGCAGCAUCAAAUAUGGCUUCCCAGCCGUCGCGUGAGCGAGACUGACAGCACACGGAUGAGGCUCCCACCUUCUCUGUGUGCACGUAUGCGUGUGUGUCUGCCUUUCAGUCGCUGGACUAUGCUGGCAGCGUGUGCAUUCGACGAGUGGCCGACCGACGAAGAGAUGGCAACAAAAUUUUUCCAAGGCCAGGUUGGCAGCUAGCCGCCCACCCAGUGCGUGUACACCAGCGAAGCUCUGGUGUGCUGACAUCAGCGCAAAGGCAAGAGUGUGUCAUUCAUCAAGCCUGACGAGAGCAUGUACGACGUCAUCCAACGGUACGCAUCGCUGCCCUGCGACUUCAAGACCAAGGAGGGAUUGUCGGAGGACCUCAUCAAGGAACUGCUCAUCGGGUCCACUGCCAACCAAGAGUACUUCGGUAGGCACACCGUCAGACAAACGAUUUUGCCCCCUUAUGUCCACCAAUUGUGUAUUUGUGUUUCAGUCUGCAGCGAGACCGAUGCGCUGGUGACCGUCAUGGGCCACACCCACAGUAAGUAUACACACACCUUACAACGUGCCACAAAGAUCGCAGAAUUGGAACAUAGGUGUCCGUGUCCGUGUCUCUCUUCCCUCUGCGUCUUUCCUGGUCUGCAGAUCACUACUUGCGCAAAUUUGAAAAGUACAAGAAAGGCGCCGGGCAGAUAAUAUACGCCAACUCGGGCGGAUGGACCGACUCCUGCAAGAAGGUAACCAAGAAAGCGGCAGUGCAGAAAGAGACGCAUACGAGUCAAAUCUCUCCACCCAUGUAUGUUGAUGCGUCCAUCCGCGCUUGUGUGCAUGCAGACAUUUGUGGACAUCAAGAUGUCCACUGGGCUCACUACUUACCCUCCGUCCGUCGCCAAGUUUGCUGCCAAGUGGAAGGCGCCCCUGAACACACCCGUCCGUGUGAUGGACGAGUACCCGCUGCGCGUCGAGCUCUGGGAGUGGAAUGACGGGUAUAUAUCCCGCGGGACCUACUCGCGGCCUUUCUUUCGAUCCAUUCACAUGUGUAUACGUGUGUGGAGUGCAGAUUCCCCUCCCUCCUGGCGGCUUUGAACACAGAGUACCUCACGAAAGUCACCCCCACAACAUGGGACUGGCUUAAAGACAAGAUCAAGAACAUCGGCGAGGAGAUUGACGAAUGGAAGGAACAGGCGAGCAAAGGAAAAGCCAUGUCACCCAAAGUGACCGGAGGAGGCUCACUGCAUUCUCUGUCUGCCUGCCCUCAGGAGAAGCCAGACCCACUCGAGGACGAAGAGGGCGACGAGAGCUGCGAGGAGCUGCACAAGGAGACGUGGACCGAGUGGCUCCAUCGGCUCGGCGCACACGUCUUCUGAGGCACACAUACACGCUAGAGAUUUGAUGAGAGGGAGGGAACUCUUUUCUGUUUGGGAUGAGACACAAACGCGAAGACAAGGGGAAGGCCGCAUUUGUGUUUGGUUUUGCGAGUGAAUAACUGAGUGAUCAGUCAGACACAGUCAACUAACGGAUUCAAUCGAGCCACAUAUAAUGAC